AUGUCGAAACCUGAAAUAUAUUGUGUUUUAGCUGUAUUUGCCAUACUUUGUUCGGUAACAGUCGGAGACCCUGACAUCCUGAUUGCUUUUGUGGUCACAGGAAACACCACCAUCGAUGCCAACUACUUCACUUUCACAAAAAUGCGUCAACUGGUGGGUGGCGAGUACCCGAGUACUUUUGGGGUGUUGAAAGCAAGCAUGAACGAGUUCCCAGCACUUGUUGGACAAAGCGUUUCGUAUGCAGUUCUUGAAUUCCCUGCAGGAUCCAUAAAUCCGGUCCACAUCCAUCCUCGGGCUUCUGAGCUUAUGUUCCUUGUUUCGGGAACUCUCCAAGUAGGGUUUGUGGAUACCAGUAACACGCUUUUUAAACAAAGUCUAGAAAUAGGAGAUAUUUUUGUGUUCCCCAAAGGACUUGUGCAUUUUCAGUAUAAUAAUGACGCUAAAGAACCAGCACUGGCAAUUUCGACCUUUGGAAGUGCCAACGCUGGAACUCAAUCGAUUCCAACCAGUGUCUUUAACACCAGUAUCUUUGAGGGUAUUUUGGAUGCGUCUUUUCGUGCUAAGAGAGCGACUAUUCGAAAGAUCGAAGAUGGGCUCAAGGCAUAA